AUGGACUACAUCGCAAAGCCCAAGCUCCUUGAAUAUCUCGAGCGUUUCGAGUACACAAGCUACCUCAAGUACAUCAAGUGUCUUAAGGACCUCAAGUCUCUCAAAUACCUCAAGCACGCCGACCUUUACAAGCGAAUCGAGUACUUCAAGCACCCCGGAGCUUACCAGCACGCCAACUAUAUCGAGCACAACCCCUGCCUCAAGCACCUCAACUACCACAAGUACAUCGGGUGCCUCAAAUACCUCGGACUUUCCGAGCACAUCAAAUAUCUCAAGCAAAUCAAGUUCCGCAAGUCCGCAAAGUACCUCAAGCACUUCAGAUGUACCGGACACCUCCACCAGCUCGAGCACACCGGUUGCAUCGAGUACGUUGACCACCGCAAGUAUAUCAAGUGA